GAGCUGAGGCCCCCUGGCCUUUGAGAUCUUCUGGUCGCCCCUGCUCAGCAGAACCCGCAUGUCAAACUCUUUUCCAGUUAAAACUCCGCGGUUCGGCCGCGGCUCCUGUUGGGGUCUCAGCCUCCAGAGAGGGCGGGCAGAGCUCUCCACAGCGCCGCCCUCCCUCUCCUCCAGCCCGGCUGCCUCUCCUCCGCGCUGCGCCGCUCCGGACCGGCUGCUUCCUCCUCCUUCCUCUGGAUUUCUGUCAGAUUCUUUGGUUUUUGUUGUUGCUGUGGGGGAUUUUUCUUCUUUCGGUUCCUGAAUGGAGUCGUCCCGACAGGAUUCGGUGACUGACGCGGUAAGGAGUCGCUCUCAGCCCGGUGAAGCCGCCGCGGAGACCCCGCUCCCCGCAGCGGGCAGGACGCACAGCCGCUCCGACUCCUCCGGGUCCAGUCAAAGCAAAGGUUUGUCAGCAGCUGUGAAGAAGACGCACGCUUCUCAGAUUGAGAUCAUCCCCUGUAAGAUCUGUGGAGAUAAAUCCUCAGGGAUCCACUAUGGCGUCAUUACCUGCGAGGGCUGCAAGGGUUUCUUCAGGCGGAGUCAGCAGAGCAACGCCUCGUACUCGUGUCCGCGGCAGAAAAACUGUCAGAUCGACCGAACGAGCCGGAACCGCUGCCAGCACUGUCGCCUGCAGAAAUGCCUGGCUGCCGGCAUGUCCAGAGACGCCGUGAAGUUCGGCCGCAUGUCGAAGAAGCAGCGGGACAGUUUGUACGCCGAGGUCCAGAAGCACCGGCUCCAGCAGCAGCAGCAGGCGCCCAGCCGGACCUCCCUCAGCGUCGGCAGCCCCAGCCCGGACGAGGCCGACCCGCCGUCCCCCCCGUACACGCUGUGCUCCGCGGGCCUCACGGACCCAGCAGACGACCCGGCCUGCUACACGGACCGGACCUCACCAGACGGAGUAUCUCUGACCGCCAAGGCAGAGUCAGGAGCAGGAGACACAAGAUGUGGAGGUUUCUACCUGGACAUCCAGCCGUCUCCGGACCAGUCCGGACUCGACAUCAAUGGAAUCAAACCAGAGCCGCUGUACGACUACGGACACGGCGACGACUUCUUCCCUUACUGCUCCUUCAGCAACGGAGACGCUUCUCCAACCCUGACCGUGGCCGAACACGAUCACUUGGCUCAAAUCAUCUGCAAGUCUCACCUGGAGACGUGUCAGUACCUGAGGGAGGAGCUGCAGGAAAUGAGCUGGCAGAGUUUCCUGCAGGAAGAGGUGGAGAAAUAUCAGAACAAGCCACAGGAGGCGAUGUGGCAGCUUUGUGCGGUGAAGAUCACAGACGCCAUCCAGUACGUGGUGGAGUUCGCCAAGCGCAUCGACGGCUUCAUGGAUCUCUGCCAGAACGACCAGAUCGUGCUGCUGAAAGCCGGAUCUUUAGAGGUCAUCUUCGUACGAAUGUGUCGGGUUUUUGACUCCCAGAACAACACCGUCUACUUCGAUGGGAAAUUUGCAAGUCCUGACGUUUUCAAAUCAUUAGGCUGCGAUGAUUUGAUCUCGUCGGUGUUUGACUUCGCUCAGAGCAUGUGUUCGCUGCAGCUGACCGAGGAAGAGUUCGCCCUCUUCUCCGCGUUCGUUCUGCUCUCUGCAGACCGGUCGUGGCUGCGGGAGAAGCUGCAGGUGGAGAAGCUGCAGCGGAAAACCGAGUCGGCCCUGCAGCACGUCCUGCAGAAGAACCGCAGAGACGACGGGGUUCUGGAGAAGCUGCGGUGCAAGGCAUCGGCGCUCCGCGCUCUCUGCGGCCUCCACUCGGAGAAGCUCGCGGCGUUCAGAACCGUCUACCCGGACGCGGUCCGAACGCUCUUCCCUCCGCUCUACAAGGAGCUGUUUGCUGCCGACCUGGACGGGACUCUGCACUGAACGCCAGAACCGGUCCGGUCCCAGCAGGACUAAUCCUGAGGAAUCUGAUUUUAUGGUUGCACUACUGCACUGAUCCGGGAGCAGCAGCACCCUGGAGGUUCUGGUGCUGGAAACAUGUGGACUACUGCAGGACUGCUGACUCACACCGCGCUGACUGAGCAAUAACGUCCGAGCUACUGAUUCAUCCUGAAACUCAGGCUUUUAUACAGAAAACCCAGUUUCUUGUACAGAUUGUUAAGCGGUUUUAGUUUCUUUCUCUCUCCGUAUCGAAGUUCAGCUGGAGGAGAUUCAUUUUCUCCAGCUGGAAUUUCUCUGCUUUUGAGUUUCAAAUCACUUUUGAUGCAAAUCCAGGCAAAAAUAAAUCCCAGAAACGACACUAAGCUCAUUUAUUUACUUGAUGGAUAUCUUAUAAAACCUACUGAAUCUGGCUUCAUGUU